AUGUCACAUCUCCACAAUCGGGGCCACAACAGGCACCAACACAGUUCUUCUUCGUCUAGUCAGAUCAACGGGCAAGUUCAACAACAUCCACCAUCUCAGGUAUCUCCAGAAGAGAUGGCAGAAAUGGACAGACAGAAGGUCAAUCCAGCACUGAUAAACGAGAUCUUCAGGGCGGAUGUUCAAAGAUCUGGGAGAGUGAUGGCGUUGAAGAAGAUCUUGAUGGAAAAUCAAAUGGAGGGGUUUCCAAUCACUGCUUUGCACUAA